UCUACCCGUCCACGGACGAUCGAAGGGGCUUUUCCUUCAAGGAACCAAUAAACGUUUUAGCCGGGAAGGGGGACUGGUGGCCAUGCAUAGACUUCUUAUGUAUUUCCCAGCAUCCAAGCCCAGUGAGAAUAUGACAUCAUUAUCAUAUAAAUUCUGAACUUUGAUAGUAAAUGACUCUUUCCUCUUCUCACCUCCUAAUUCUUUUAGGUCCUCCACCGCUCUACACGGUUCUCCUGCUGAAGCCAGGGACUUGGAGCAAUACCCUUGGAAAGAUAUUGCGGAAGAUCGAAGGGCAGCGAUUCUGCGUCGUGGGAAUGAAGGCCGUGACUCUGACUCCGCAGGACUUCUCCCUCAUCAUCUCGGAGGAUGCGAAGCAGGAUAAAGCUCUUUGCAGUGCCCACUGUGACUACCUGACCUCCGGCCCCUGUCUGGCCCUUUGCCUCCAGAGACACAACUCCGUGCUCAAGCUGCUGGAUCUGCUGGGGCCGGAGGAUCCAGAGCUGUGCCAAGCCCAGGACGAGUUUCUGUGGAGAGCCCAGUACGGAUCCAGUGUCGUACAGAAUGGCAUGUACUGCUCCACGUCUUACCGAACCGCGAUCCGCGACGUGAAGUUUUUCUUUGCCGAAGGCCUCCCCUGUGACCCGUCACCCGUGCUCGAGACCGAACAGAUACCCCGACUGGAACAAGAUGUCUUGUUGGACAGCCGAGCCCAACGCGUAGCGAUAAAGAACAACGUUCCCCUCUCUGGAGCGCUGACAGACCCGGAUAAGCCCUUUGUCAGUGCCCUCUGCCAGACUACGUGCCUCCUCUUCCCUCCCUGCACCCUUCAUGGCUGCCCACCGCCCUACAUCCAUGGAGUAGAGAAACUGAUUGGCCGAGGCUUCCAUGUUACAGCGGCGCGGCUUACUGUGUUCAACCAAUCACAGGCUCAGUUUGUGGCAGCGUUAUACAGCCCAACGGCCGGCUUGUCCUCUCAGUUCAAGGCUCUGUCGGAGGGACCCUGUCUGCUGGUCGCUGCCCAACGGGACAACGCAGUGUCUUGUUUUACCUCCCUUAUGGACAGUGUUAAUUUUGAGGCUUCGCCCGAUCAGAGCUUCCCGGCGGGAGUGAUGUGUCCUCAGACUGAGUGCCAGGCCGACAAGAUGAUCAGCUGUUUCUUUGAUGCGCUGACCCCGGACAGCAUUCACCAAGUUGUGCCUCAGGAUUCAUGAGGAAGGAGUUCAUUAU